UCAUUCUUUUUAUUCUUUAUUUUUUAAGGAUUCUUUUUUUUUUUUUUCUUUUUUUGGCCACACCACAUGGCUUGUGCGAUCUUAGUUCCCCAACCAAGGAUCAACCCUGGGCCUUCAGCAGUAAAAGCACCUAGUCCUAACCACUGGACCACCAGGGAACUUCCAGAGUGGCCCUUUUUAAAUUGUAAAAUAUUCACUCCUCUAACAGUUUAUAAACACCUUAAAAUUAGACACCAAAACAAAAUCCUUAUACUUAACCCCUAUAUCUCCUUAUAGUCACUGCUUUGAAUAUAGCAGGCACUAAAUAUUGGGUUGGCCAAAAAUUUUGUUCAGGUUUUCUGUACGAUAUCAUGGAAAAACCCAAACAGAGUUUUAGGCCAACCCAGUAAGCAUUAAUAGGAACCGUGAUUCGUAGAACUCCAGUUUCUGGGACUCGGCCUUGUAAGAAGGGGAGGAGGUGCCAUGGCUGUUAGCGGCCACUAGAGGCUCUCAGGGCUGGGCAGGGUAUGGGGGCUGUGUAUAUGUGAUCUCCCACUACCCCCCACCUGGCCAGAGCUAAAAUAAUAAAAUGCUGAGCUCACUGUUCCCCCACCCUCUCCCCCGGCACCGGCUCCUCCUGCUGCCCGGACGGUGCUCCAGCAGAACAGACAGACCAACCAAGAGCAGGGGAGGUGAGAAGGGAGGUGGCCCCCAGGACUGGUAGGUGGGGAAGGCAGGGGGCUUGUGGAUCAGAGCCUGGUGGGAGAUGGGAGGAGAAGAGUGGCUCCUACUGGGAGUGAUGUGGAGUGUGUCUGUGUCUCUGUCACUCAGUGUUUCUGUCGCUGUCUGUCCUGUCCCUUAACUGUAGUUUACAGUCAAUGUAAGUAUCUCACAUUUUCUGAAUCUUUCAUAUUCAGCAUGGUGUGUAUGUGUGGCUUAAAAGAUCAUGCAAGUUUAAUCCUCUCACUGUUUUUAGAGAAACUUUAUCCCAUAUAGAAGGCAGUUCCUACCCAUUAGACUGGUGUCACCUUCCCGUCCAAAGCCAGGGACAAAUCAGUACCUUCUCCUAAGGCUGUACCACCCUUCCCCCAACCUGAAUGUCUCCCAGGUCCUCUGAGCCCUCGCUUUCCCUCAGGAUUUAGAAUUUUAGCAAGCAUAAUGAGCUCUUGAUCCCCCACAGUAAAAGGAGAUGAGGGUGGAGUAAGAGCACUGUCUGUUUCCCCCCAAAUCCUCCUUGGUUUCUUAAGCCAGUUUGGGGAAAACUGGAUUACUGGAUGAGGGGAAAGAGAGGCGGAAUUUCCCUGAAGCUCUCUGCCUGCCCCCUUCCUUGCAAUAGGAAUGGGCUUGGGGCCAGCUGUGAUGGCAGGGCUCCUGGCAGCUGAACUAGGGCAAGAGGCACCAACAGGCGAGGUUAAGGGGAGGGGUACUGCCAGGGUUUCUGAUACAAUGGGGAGACAGGGUCACCCUGCAUGCCUGGGAUCCCCAUCCAGAGUGGCUGGGAGCUGUGGAAGCGGGAAGGAGGCUCCAGUUCUAACUAAACAACCCAACCUUCCCCCAUUGUCCCAUGCCCAGCUAGAUCUCUAUCCUCCAAGGCAACCAGCUUAUUUAUUGUUCUGCCCCACUGGCUUGUCUGUUUCCCUUCUGUCCGUGUACAUCUUGCCAUUGUCCAACCACUUUCUCCCUAUAACCCAGGCUCCGUGAGUGCCACACAGUGGGGAGGGGGUGGGGGCCACCAUGUCAUCGUAUCAAAAGGAGCUGGAAAAAUACAGAGACAUAGAUGAAGAUGAGAUCCUAAAGACCCUGAGCCCUGAGGAGCUAGAACAGCUGGACUGCGAGCUACAGGAGAUGGACCCUGAGAACAUGCUCCUGCCGGCUGGACUAAGACAACGUGACCAGACAAAGAAGAGCCCAACCGGGCCGCUGGACCGCGAGGCCCUCUUGCAAUACCUGGAACAGCAGGCGCUAGAGGUCAAAGAGCGUGAUGACUUGGUGCCCUUCACAGGCGAGAAGAAGGGGAAACCCUACAUCCAGCCCAAAAGAGAAAUUCCAGUGGAGGAGCAGGUCACUCUGGAGCCUGAGCUGGAGGAGGCGCUGGCCCACGCCACAGAUGCUGAGAUGUGUGACAUUGCAGCAAUUCUGGGCAUGUACACACUGAUGAGCAACAAGCAGUACUAUGAUGCGAUCUGCAGCGGAGAAAUCUGCAACACCGAAGGCAUUAGCAGUGUGGUGCAGCCUGACAAGUACAAGCCAGUGCCAGAUGAGCCCCCAAAUCCCACCAACAUCGAGGAGAUACUGAAGAGUGUUCGAAGCAAUGACAAGGAGGUAGAGGAGGUGAACCUCAAUAAUAUCCAGGACAUCCCGAUACCCAUGCUGACUGAGCUGUGUGAGGCCAUGAAGACAAAUACCCAUGUCCGGAGCUUUAGCCUGGUGGCCACAAGGAGUGGUGACCCCAUUGCCAAUGCGGUGGCUGACAUGUUGCGUGAGAAUCGUAGCCUCCAGAGCCUGAACAUCGAAUCCAACUUCAUUAGCAGCACAGGGCUUAUGGCUGUGCUGAAGGCAGUUCGGGAGAACGCCACACUCACGGAGCUCCGAGUAGACAACCAGCGCCAGUGGCCUGGUGACGCGGUGGAGAUGGAGAUGGCCACCGUGCUCGAACAGUGUCCCUCCAUUGUCCGCUUUGGCUACCACUUUACACAGCAGGGGCCACGCGCUCGGGCCGCUCAGGCCAUGACCCGGAACAAUGAACUGCGUCGCCAGCAAAAGAAGAGAUAACACUACUUUUGCCUUUACCAACUAGGGCUUGGAGCUUAAAUCCUCCUCUGUCCCCCCUUUCCUGUAAAUAAAGGCCCUACUGACCACUC